AUGGUGUUUGCUGUGAAUGAGAUCAAUGAAAACCUAAAACUUUUACCCAACAUCACCUUGGGGUUCCAGAUCUAUGAAAGUUACUUCAGUGCACGCAUGGCUUAUCAAAAUACGCUGAACCUUGUAUCUCGCCAUAACAAGACCGUCCCCAAUUACAAGUGUGAUGUUGAAAGGAAUCUGAUAGCAGCCAUUGGGGGUCUUGAUUCUGAAAUCACUCUACAUAUGGCCUCCAUCUUAACCCUUUACAAAAUUUCUCAGAUCCACCCUUUUCUGAAGGAAAUCUCAUUUAACAACUCUGCUGGAGACACCUUGUUUUUUAAUGAGAAUGGUGAAUUAGUAGGUGGAUUUGAUAUUAUCAACUGGAUAACUUUUCCAAAUCAAUCUUUCUUAAAAGUGAAAGUCGGGAAAAUGGAUCCUCAAGCUUCAUGGGACAAACAAUUGUCUAUUAAUGAGAAGAUUAUCACCUGGCAUUAUACAUUUGGAGAGGUUGUGCCCUUGUCCCUAUGUAACCACCGCUGCCUCCCAGGCUACAGCAGACAAAACAAAGAAGGGGAACCAUUUUGCUGCUAUGGUUGUGCUGAAUGUCCGUCAGGAAAGAUUUCCAAUCAGACAGAUAUGAAUGACUGCUUCAAAUGCCCUGAAGAUCAAUAUCCUAACAAAGAAAAAAAUCAAUGCCUUUCCAAGGAAGUAAAUUACCUGAGUUAUCUUGAUCCUCUAGGCAUAGGUUUGUCUGUUGUGGCUCUUUCUCUUUCUAUAACCACAAUCUUGGUGCUUGGAAUCUUUAUUAAGCACCGGAAGACUCCCAUUGUCAAAGCUAACAACCAAAUUCUCACUUACAUUCUCCUUAUUUCACUCCUUCUCUGCUUUCUCUGUUCUCUGUUGUUCAUCGGCUGCCCCCAGUUACUGACUUGCCUUUUCCGACAAACUAUAUUUGGGAUCAUCUUCUCAGUGGCUGUUUCUUCUGUCCUGGCCAAAACAAUCAUAGUGGUUCUUGCUUUCAUGGCUACUAAACCAGGAGCUGGAAUAAGGAAAUGGGUAGGAAAAAGAUUUGCGUUUGCUAUUAUUUUGUGUGGCUCACUUAUUCAAACAUGUAUUUGUGUGAUAUGGCUGAGUAGUGAUCCUCCAUUUCUAAAUUUAGAUAUGACAACUCUGCCUGAAGAAAUUGUAGUGGAAUGUAAUGAAGGAUCAGGUAACUUGUUUUACUAUAUUCUGGGCUACUUGGGUUUUCUGGCUGUCAUCAGCUUCAUGGUAGCUUUCUUUGCUAGGAAAUUGCCAGACACAUUUAACGAAGCCAAAUUUAUUACCUUCAGCAUGUUGGUCUUCUGCAGCGUCUGGUUGUCAUUUGUCCCUACUUAUCUAAGUACCAAAGGGAAAUACAUGGUGGCUGUGGAGAUCUUCUCCAUCCUGGUUUCUAGCACUGGAUUACUGGGUUGCAUCUUUGCUCCAAAAUGUUAUAUCAUCAUUUUGAGGCCUGAUCUUAAUAGCAAAGGACAAUUAAUAAGAAAUAACAAAAAGGAAAAUACCCUUUGA